GUAUUGUAAAGGGUCCGUAGGUCCAUUUCGCCGCCCUCGCAGCGUCGCUGUUCAGUCUCAUUCGUCCAGAAAAUACAUGCUUACAUUCUUGCCUCACAGGCCAUGCGAUAGUUCUUCAAGCAAAAUACUCCAAGACCGAAAUGCUUACGAUGACGCAUUUAAGCAGACACGUCAUAUCACUCGAACCGGUUUUCCGUCAGCCACAUUUGUCGGGUUAUUCGUGGCACCUAUUGAUAGGGAAAAGCCUGGUCUCAGUGUCAGAUGGCUACUCUGUGCCUCCCUCGAUCUUGCAAGUCAGACUUGAAUCCUAAACCUCUUCACUCGAACAGCUUCUGCUAGCAGAGUUUUGAUCAUACAAACCAUAUUAGUAUGUACCCCUCAAUUUCGGCGUCCCAGUGGGGUUCUCCCACUGCUCCCAAGAAAGCUCUGCUUAUUCAUGGGUUAACUGCAUGGUCCGGUUCAUGGGAGGGCCUCGCUCAGCGAUUAGUAGCAGAAGGCUUCUUUGUCAUAGCGCCGAAUCUCCUCGGGCAUGCAUGGAGACGAGGCACCGACUACCGUAUGUCCACCCUUGCAGAGGAUCUCCGACCAUACUUCAACAAAGACACAUCCUACGACGUGAUUAUAGGUCACUCUCUUGGAGGCACAAUAGCCUUGUCGCUCUUGCAAUUCUUGCCCAAAACGAAGGAAACGGCUAUCAUACUCCUCGAUCCCCCUCUCGAGCUUGAGGGGACAACUGAAAUGAUUAAAAGUUGGAUUCUGAAUGAGGCUACGAAUAUCAAAACCAUCGAGGACUUAGCUGCUGAUCGUGGUUGGUCACGACGUGACUGCACGUUACAUGUAUUAUCAGUUUUAAUGUGCGACCGUACUACUGUCGAGGGAAUCUUCUCGCAUAACGAGCCAUGGUCUUUCAGUGGCCUGCUCAAAAACAUCCCCCCUCAUGUGAAGAUCACCGUGCUGGCAUCAGAUCCGAAGGCCGGCGCCUUUUGUGAUCCGGAGCACAUCCCUUGUGACGUUGAGAGACUGAAUGUCAGAGUUCUUCCGGGCAUCGGCCACUGCAUCCAAUGCGAGGAUCCAGAUGCUAUCAUGGACUUAAUCCAACUACCAAGAGCGAAGCUUUGAGAGGUGCGAAGAAGAAGCGUGUUUCGUGGUUUCAUGGCCAAUUAUGUGUCUAGGACUUCCUGUUGGAACCUAGUCUCCGUUCGUACAUGAGGUAUUGCAAAGCAUACAGUAGUCUAACUAUGCCAAGAUAUCAGUCUUAUGCUUGAAAGAAA